AUGUUCGCUCGCUCCUUUGCUCGUAUCGCUAGACCCGCUGCUUCCUCCAUGAAGGCUCGCGCCUUCUCGACUGGUGCCCGUGCCUCUGCUGCCGCAGGUUCCCGCAUGGCUACCUUCGCCACUGCUGGUGCCAUCGCCACUGGUGCUGCCUCGUAUGCUUACUUCCAGAACGCCCAGUCUCCCGUCCAGGCUGAUUCUAAGCCCAUUGCUGGUGUCAAGGGAACUUUCAGCGAGCGUACCUUCAUCGCCGUCAAGCCCGAUGGUGUUCAGCGCGGUUUGGUCGCCAAGAUCAUUGCUCGUUUCGAAGACCGUGGCUACAAGCUUGUUGGUUUGAAGGCCGUCGUCCCCUCCAAGGACUUGGCCGAGGAGCACUAUGCUGAUCUUAAAAGCCGUCCCUUUUUCGGUGGUCUCGUUGACUACAUGACCAACGGCAAGGCUCCUGUCGUUGCCAUGGUCUGGGAAGGCAAGGAUGUUAUCAAGCAGGGUCGCGUUAUGAUCGGUGCCACCAACCCUCUUGAUGCUGCACCUGGUACUAUCCGUAACACCUACUGCCAGGUCGUCGGUCGUAACAUUGUCCACGGCUCUGACUCGUACGAAUCUGCUGAGAAGGAGAUCGGUUUGUGGUUCGGCAAGGCUGGUGAGCUUGUUGAGUGGUCCCAGGCUAACUCCGAAUGGAUCCAAUCUGACAACUAA